CAUGACCUGCACUAGGCGCAUGCGCUGCUCAGGGCUGGCCUCAUCCAAGGCCAUGGCGUGGGUACCAUCGGAGUCUGCAGUGGAAGAGUUGAUGCCCCGGCUAUUGCCGGUGGAGCCCUGCGACUUGGCGGAAGGUUUCGACCCCUCGGUACCUCCGAGGACGCCUCAGGAAUACCUGAGGCGUGUUCAGAUCGAAGCUGCUCAGUGUCCAGAUGUUGUGGUAGCUCAGAUUGACCCAAAGAAGUUGAAAAGAAAGCAAAGUGUGAAUGUUUCUCUUUCAGGAUGUCAACCUGCCCCUGAAGGUUAUUCCCCAACACUUAAGUGGCAACAGCAACAAGUAGCACAGUUUUCAACUGUUCGACAGAGUGUGAACAAACAUAGAAGUCACUGGAAAUCACAACAGUUGGACAGUAAUGUGACUAUGCCAAAAUCUGAAGAUGAAGAAGGCUGGAAAAAAUUUUGUCUGGGUGAAAGGUUAUGUGCUGAAGGGGCUAUUGGACCAGCUACAAAUGAAAGUCCUGGAAUUGAUUAUGUACAAAUUGGUUUUCCUCCAUUGCUUAGUAUUGUUAGCAGAAUGAAUCAGGCAACAAUAACUAGUGUCUUGGAAUAUCUGAGUAAUUGGUUUGGAGAAAGAGACUUUACUCCAGAAUUGGGAAGAUGGCUUUAUGCCUUGUUGGCUUGCCUUGAAAAACCUUUAUUACCUGAGGCUCAUUCACUGAUUCGGCAGCUUGCAAGAAGGUGCUCUGAAGUGAGACUCUUAGUGGACAGUAAAGAUGACGAAAGAGUUCCUGCCUUGAAUUUAUUAAUCUGCUUGGUUAGCAGGUAUUUUGACCAACGUGAUUUAGCUGAUGAGCCAUCUUGAUGUAGCUGAUUUCUGAGGGAUAGAAGCUAUUUCUACUGAAGGCAGCCUAAGUCUGAUGAAGUGCAAUGCCAAUUCAAGUACAAGCUGUUAUCACUUCUUCAAUCAACACUGUGUGAAAGGUCUUCAUUUUAACUUGUGCAACUCAAGUUGAUAAACAGAAUAUAGACUGAAUUGAUUUUCUGAAAUAUCUUUGGAAAAUCCCACUUGGUGUUUGAUGAACAAUUUGAAUAGUUUUCUGCAGUCACAUGAUUUAAAAUAAAUUGAGUGCCACUUAUUGGUGAAGAUGCCUGUAUAGAAACUGUGUGAUGAAAUUUUAUAAAGGUCCCCAGUGCUAUUUCAUUGUUCGUUACAUGUCUUCAUAUAAAUUUUGUUGAAAAUGUGUUUUGGUUACCAAAACUUUGUUUUACUUUUGAACAAAACAAGAUAAUGUCCUUAGAAUUAGAAAAUAAUCUAGAUUAAAUGGCAAAUGUGAGUCAA